GAUGUCUUUUGAAUGAGGUGUUAAAUUUAUAUCCCAAGACCUGUUUGGCCUCUUAUGAGUGGGCACAUGAUGUUUCUUUGAAGAAGAACAGGGGUAUUCUCCCUGGUGUCCUGGGCCACGAGGAAUGCGUCAAGAUGGCACAUGUUUCAUCCGUGGUACGAUUUGUGGAUUACAGUAAUUCAAGCACCACGCUGCAUGAGAAUUCAACUGUGCCCAUAGGCACCAGCACUACAGCUCCGAUGCCAUGGUGGACCUCCACAACAACUGCUGGCACAGCAACCAAUGUUACCCAACCAAACCAAUGCCUCGUUGUGCUGUAUGAGGAUAUUGGUAGAUCACGAGUGCGAUUCUGGGAUGUCUUCCUCCUGAUCCCCAAUGUGCUUUUCUUCACAUUCUUGCUCUGGAAACUUCCAUCGGCAAGAGCAAAAAUUCGGGCCACAUCGAGUCCCAUCUUCACUACAUUCUACAUACUGGUGUUUGUCGUUGCAACAGUGGGCAUCACACGUGCUAUUGUUUCCAUGACAGUCAGUGCAUCCACAGUAGCUAUAGUAACAGACAAGAUUCUUUGGGAGAUCUCACGAUUCUUUCUGUUGGCGACUGAGCUGAGUGUAAUAAUAUUAGGUUUGGCUUUUGGACACCUCGAAAGUAAAUCGAGCAUCAAACGUGUCUUGACCAUAACUACAGUACUUGCUCUGGCCUACUCGAUUACACAGGGAACCUUGGAGAUCUUGUAUCCUGAUGAACACCUGUCUCCCGAGGACUUCAACGUUUAUGGACAUGGGGGCCGCCAUUUCUGGCUUGCCAGUUCUUGUUUCUUCUUUCUGGUUUAUUCAAUGAUUGUUGUUCUCCCAAAGACCCCUUUACGAGAGCGAAUAUCUCUGCCAUCCAAGAAAAGCUUUUACAUCUAUGCUGCGAUCCUGUCAUUGUUGAACCUGAUCCAAGGGGUUGGCAGUGCACUGCUGUGCGCUAAUGUUGCAGUGGGAUUAUGCUGUGUGGAUGUCACUACGUUCCUUUAUUUCAGUCUGUUUGCUCCACUGAUGUAUGUUACAUUCCUGAAGGGUUUCUUUGGGUCUGAGCCCAAGAUUCUCUUUUCCUACAAGUCACAGAUUGACGAGCCGGAAGACACCGAUGUGCACCUGCCCCAGACCCACACUGUGGCCAAGAAGGAGGUCUUGGAGCCUUGCCCCUACUCUAAUACACAGAUUGACAGCUCAGCUGCUUACCUCGAUGAUCUGACUGUUGGUAGCAUCAACAGUUUUGACAGUGACCGGUGGAAAAUUAUGAAUGCUUGAGAAAGAGGUGGUGGUAGAUCGGUGGAAGUUAGCGGUAAACCUGCCCCAUCUCUCUCUUUGCGCUGCCUCAUCCAAUGUCUUGAGAUUUCAGUAUUGGAAUAUUCUGAUUGAGAUUUUAUAAAUCUUCCAGUUUUCAUUACUUGCUAACCUUGGACAUAAGAGCCCUGAACCUCCCACACUUUCUUUUGGGGGUUUUAAAAACCUUUGUCUUCAUGCCAGCAUACCGAACCAACCCAAGCCCUCCCCUCCAUCCAAAUCUCAGGGGAGGGGGUGUAAAGCUUCCACACUUCUGCUCUGGACCCCAGUGGUUUUGUUACUUUGUCUUUUAAACAUUCUUCCCAAAUGUAGAAGCUGGAAGCUAAUUUCUUUUCCACCUCUUUCCUUUCAAAUUAUUUUGGAACAACCGAAUUAGAAAUAGAUUAAAAGAACACCGAGAAAGUGUGAAGCUGUGGCCUGUCCUAUUUACUCACUAUCCAUCGCCCCACUGCCUUUUCUCAUUGAAGUUGUUGAUUCUUUAGGGUGUGCACAGAGAGGGGUAGAGGAGAAGACAUCUGUUUGCCUCAGUAUUAAUUAAGAUGGUUCCCUUCACUGUGAAUGGCUACUGCUUGGUGAUGGUAUAAUGGUUGGGGAAUUUCACAGCCUUUAGAUGACUCUGGCUCUGCUAGGCUCUCUGACCUUUAACUGCCGGUCGAUAUUGAGGACUCCAACCUCCGGGUGCUGUUUAUUGAAGGAUCGAGAGAGUUUAAUAAAAAAAAUUUAUUUUUAAAA